UGAUGGGGUGUGAAGGGCCGCAAAGGGUCAGCGUGACGCCUACUUUCCGGCUCUUAGUGCGGCUGCGCGGCUCAGUAGCACCAGCUGGAGAGUCCCGCCGCCGGCUGAUGAGCGGACUGGUGCGAUUCCGUCGGUGAGAAGAGCACGUGAAGAAAAUCACAGCAGUAAAGUCCCUGCACUGUGCCAUUGCUGAUGCAAUCCUCGAAGAUAGAAGAGCUGCAGCCCUGGAGAGACUUCAGUCUUGUAGAGAAGGAGACAGCAGACACAGCUCCGGGCUGCAUGCAGGGACAGCCUUGAACCCAGAUACCUCCAGGGCCUGCACUUGGGCUCUGUCCAGGGCAGACCCGGCUCAGGAGGGGAAGGCAGAGAUUCCUGGCCAGAAGAGAGGGGGUCACGCAUGGCAGACAACAGAGACCGAUGGAGAAUCCCCUGGAAGGGGUUCCUGAUCACAGUCUUCAUCUUCAGCUGCUGGAUCCAGCGAACAUCUGCUCAAAGUGCUCAUGUCACCGUUGUGCCAAAUCUUCCCUAUGGGACAGUGGGAAGCAACAUUGCCUUGACUGUCCAGGAGUUCUCAAAGAAGGUUUUGAGCUAUGCUUGGUACAGAAGAACAACUGAGGCCUCCAUAAAUAUUGCUAAGUACCGUGAUCUUAGAGGGCCAUGGUCAAUACAUACCCGGUAUAAGGUGCUCUCCAAUGGCUCCCUGCUCAUCUCCAACCUCACUCUCAAUGACACUGACUUCUACAUUGUGGAAAUUGUUGAUUACAAAGGCAACAUAAUUAAAAAAGGAGCACAAUUAACAGUGUAUGGGCCACUAUCUAAACCUACCAUCACAGCACCAACAUGACUCCAAUAGAGAACAAGGACAACGUCUCAUUGACCUGCCAUUCUGAGAGUCAAGCUCUCACAUUCUGGUGGCUCACACCCAGAGGCUCCCCAGAUGGUGACAGGAUAUUGCUGUCUCCAGAUAACAAGACACUCACUAUUUAUAAUGUCACAAGGGAAGACCAAGGACAGUAUGAGUGUGAAAUCCGGAACCCAGUUAGUGUCAACAAGAGUGACCCAUUCACACUAAAUAUUAAGCGUAAUGGCUUCUUACUCCCUGGAUGGGCCAUCACUCUCAUUGUGGUUGGAGUCGCAGUUGGAGUGUCUUUGAUGGUCUGUUGCUGGUUCUUCAGGGAUACUGGAAGCUUCUGCAAGCCGAGUCACCAGCCUCCCAGCUCAGCUCUACUACCCUCCCUCCAACCUCAGGGGAGGAAGAAGUAUGAACAACGACAGGAAGAAGAGGAGAGAGGGCCUCCUUUUCAUGCCCCCAGAUCUGUCCAGCCAAGCCCCUCUCCUUCAUUGUCAACAGAUGAUGGACACAUUGGGUGCCUCCCGGAAACUCACCUUCCCUCCAUCCUCAAAAGUUGGUGCCGUGGUCCUGGCAGAGGGGGGCUAGGAGGACAUCCCCUCCCUGAUAUUUCCCUGUCAUCUGAUCCUCUGCUCAAAGCACAAUCACCAGGCCUGCCCCUAACCUCGGCCAGUUAGGGGGAUGUGACCUGGAGCUGCUGUUCCCUCGACAGAAGUCAAGACAGAAGGAGCAGCUGCUAGAUUUGGACUCAGAACUGGAUGUAAAACUUGACUGCAGUCUUCUCCCAAGGCAUGUCAUGUGGGUUUGGUUCCUGGAGGUUUGGGAGCUCCCCCAGAGACCAUGUGCCACUAAGCUGCCCCCUCUCCUUUGCAGUUUUGAUAUAACAUGGAUUGGCAUAAAAGAUUAAAUGGGAAUUUCUGGAGAGUUUUUCAGAAGUCACAGAUGACAUGUGAAAGCCAGCAGACAACAUAGAGCCUAUGAUCAAAUGCUUAAUUGUCUUGGAUUGUUAAUUGCUGAGAAGAGCUAAGUCUAUCACAGUUGAUCAUUGCACAAUGUUGCUGUUACUGUGUACAAUGUGCUCCUGGUUCUGCUCACUUCACUUAGCAUCA